AGACGACGAAGGAAAGAAAAUAACUAUCACUUUUACUAUCGACGACAACUAUUAACAUCGAUCUAAAACCGACAACGUAUUCGAUCGUUUAUAUGUAAUUAACGCGAAAUCUCUUUAUAAACGACGUGUUCCGUGCAUUUUUCUAAAUACCCGGAAGAGAGAAAACCGGAUACGUAAGAAAUUCUUAUGACUGUGAGCAAUUCAAUGCGUGUUUUACCUCCCCCUCCCCUAAAAUCCGAUUGGAUGCCCGGACACGCACGCCACUGUCAGUCCUCCGGCUUCGUAACAUCAUAAACACAGAAGUCGCCAACUACAAAAGUAGAACGUUGGUAAAGUGGAACGGCGACUUCUCAUGGCUUCUUUGGAUAAAUUAACCCCGAUUGAACUACAGACUUUGCACGAGUUUCGUAAAUCUGUCGGAGACGUUCUACAAAGCAAACACGACGACGCAUUUUUGCUUCGAUGGCUUCGAGCUAGAGAUUUUAGACUGAAAGAUGCAGAAGACAUGUUAAGAAAGCAUCUUACUUGGAGAGUAAAAAAUAAAAUUGACAACAUACUGAAAGAAUAUACCCCACCAGAGGUUUUAAGAAAAUAUUGGUCCCUGGGAUUUUUAGGGUAUGAUCAAGAAAAUUGCCCUCUUUGGUUAUGUAGAUAUGGUUUAAUUGACUUCAAAGGUAUUAUUUAUUCUGCUAAAAAAUCUGAUGUAAUUAUGUUUUAUGCAUAUUUGUUGGAAUUGAGUGAAUCUAAAAUGAGAGAACAAACAAAAAAAACUGGAAAAUUGGUUGAUAAACAUUCAUAUAUAUUUGAUAUGGAAAACUUUGUUCUGCAACAAGUUACUUGGAAACCUUGCUUUGAUUUGUUAUCCAAAAUUUUAACAUUUUAUGAAGAUAAUUAUCCAGAAAGACUUAAAGCUGCUUAUUUUAUCAAUGCACCAUUUGUUUUUCAAAUUGCACUGGCAUUACUAAAACCAUUUAUUAGUGACACGAGCUAUAGCAAAAUUCAAGUAUUUGGAAAAGAUGAUUGGAAAGAUGUUCUUUUAACUGAAAUUGAUGCCAGUGACCUGCCAGUUCGUUGGGGUGGAACAAAAGUUGGAGUUAAUGGAGAACCUGAUUGUAGUGACAUAAUUAGUCCAGGUGGGAUUGUUCCUAAAUCAUAUUACUUGCAAGAGAGUCAGAGUUUUACAAAUGAAAAUGAUGUUGAAACAUUAGAAAUAGGAUUAAAAUCUUCUGCUACAGUUGAUAUUUACAUUUCUGAAAGUGAUGCUAUUCUUCAGUGGGAAUUCAAAACUGAAAAUCAUGAUAUUGGCUUUGGUCUCUUUUAUAAGUCAAACGAACACAUGCAUCAAGAAGAACUUAUACCAAUAGAUAGAGUUAACUGUCAUCUUGUACCUGAGACUGGAUCGUGGUUUUGCGAAAAUGAAGGCAUUUGUAAGUAUAUAUUAUUAUAAAAUUGUUUAUAAGUAAAUUUAAUUUAGUAUUUUAAAAAGUGAGAUAUCAUUAGCUAUUAACAGGAUUUUAAAAUGUGUUCUCUAUAUGAUGAAUCACAAUUUCUUAAAAAUUCAAAAAUCUAUAAACAAUAAUGAUGAAAAUGUAAUAUUAAAUAUCUUGACACAAUUUGAAGUAUUUCACCAUUAGGACUUGGUAUGUUAGAAACUAACAUAACAUGCUCUAUAUUUUUACUACAAAUGAAUCUUGAUUGUAGAUAUUCAUUCUUAAUUAAUCACAGGUAAAUGUGACUACUACAAAUUAUAUAUA